CCACGGGGCGAGAGGAUGAGGCCGGCGUGGAGUCCCGAGCGGCGGGCCCAGGGCCCCUCGGGCCCCGCGGUGCGGCCUGCCCGCCCUCCGUACCCCCGGCGUUGGUUCGCGCCGCCGAGCGCCGGGCCCAGUCUCCGUGCGCGCGGCCCGCGGGCGCAUACUGCGCGCUGCCCCCCGAGCCUCCUGGGCGUCCGCGCUUUCGCGGAUGCUGCGCUCCCGAGUCAUGGCUCUCGCCGUCCGCGUCGUUUACUGUGGCGCUUGAGGCUACAAGUCCAAGUAUCUUCAGCUCAAGAAGAAGUUAGAAGAUGAGUUUCCUGGGUGCCUGGACAUCUGCGGCGAGGGGACUCCUCAGGCCACGGGCUUCUUUGAAGUGAUGGUAGCAGGGAAGUUGGUUCACUCCAAGAAGAAAGGCGAUGGCUACGUGGACACGGAGAGCAAGUUCCUGAAGCUGGUGGCGGCCAUCAAAGCCGCCUUGGCUCAAGGCUAAUGCGCCCUGAAGGCAGAGUUUCUCCAUGGGGCUGCAGUUUCCUCGGGAGCUGAGCCUGCUCCCACCUCUUCUCUGCACAGUCCAGUGACCUUGGUCCGGCCCCGGUCGGCAGACGCUUCAUGACAGGAAGGACUGAAAUGUCUCACUGACGCCUGGUCUUUCCCUGAUGUUCUCGCAGCCGCCGGGCGGGGCACAUACCGACGUCCCUGGUCUUUGUCUGUGUGUGGGGGGUGAUGUGGGGGUGUGUGUGUGGCCCCCGGAGUCUAGCUUUGCACUCUGGACCUGCCCCUUCCUUUGCCACACCUUUUGCCAUCCCCCUGGGGAGCCAAGAGAGGGAUCCGGAUGAGUGAGCCUCAGAUUUCGGCAAUGUUUGCAGCGGUUCACGACUCAAUAAAUACUGGAUGUAUCUGUG